UCUCGUCGAGCGACCUCCACAAACAUCACUUCCGGCCGUUCUUUUCAUCUUCUCUGGUUUCUGUUUUCGCGCUGCUCAGUUGGCAAGAUGGCGUCGGAACCGAACAAGACAGAAAUUUUCACCAUUUUUAAACGCUUGCGCUCCAUACCCACAAACAAGGCCUGCUUUGACUGUGCUGCUAAGAACCCGAGUUGGGCCAGUAUUUCAUAUGGAGUGUUUCUGUGCAUUGACUGUUCUGGGAUACAUCGCUCCUUGGGAGUGCACUUGAGCUUUAUCAGAUCCACAGAGCUGGAUUCCAACUGGAGCUGGUUUCAGCUGAGAUGUAUGCAGGUUGGAGGAAAUGCCAACGCGAUGGGGUUUUUCCGCCAGCACGGCUGUACCACCAACGACACCAAUGCGAAGUAUAACAGUCGUGCGGCUCAGAUGUACAGAGAGAAGAUUCGACAGCUUGCCAACGCUGCGCUCUCCAAGUAUGGCACUGAUCUGUGGAUUGACAACUCGGGCUGUGCUCAGCCAUCACCUGUAGAGAAGAGAGAGACUGACUUCUUUGUCGAGCACACACAGCCUGCCAACAGUUGGAACAUGGCGUCCCCAUCCCUAACAGAUGAGAACGGAGCCAUAACCCCUCAACUGGAGCAGAGCAAUCCUAAGAGUUCAGAGACCAGCACUCAGUCUGAAGAGGGUCCAAGCAUUGAAGGACUGAGCACAAGUCCUAAAGCUACAAUAGAGGACUCAAUGAGAUUGACGUCUGAAGAGUCUCAGUCUCCUGAAGAAGUGAAACCCUCCAUUAUUGGAAAGAAGAAGCCAGCCGCUGCGAAGAAAGGGCUUGGCGCUAAAAAGGGUCUUGGUGCCCAGAAGGUGAGCAGCAAGAGCUUCACUGAGGUGGAAAAACAAGCCCAGGUGGCAGAGAAAAUGAGAGAGGAACAGGUCGUUGAGGCCAAGAAACAAGGCGAAGAGUCCAUAGUGGCCUCGAUGCGAUUGGCCUACAAAGAGCUGGAGAUUGACAGGAAGAUGGAGGAGAAGAAACUGAAGAACCUUGAGGGCAAGAAGAAGGAACAGGCAGAGAGGCUGGGCAUGGGAUUCGGCAACAGGAGUGCCGUGUCUCAUUCCGUGAUGGCUGAAAUGCAGGUGAUCGAGCAGGAGACCCCGGUCGGAGUCAAAUCCUCUUCUCGUUCUAAGCUGGACAUGUUUGAUGAACCCAGCUUCGCCUCCGGACCGCCCAAGUACAAGGACAACCCUUUCACUUCAGGAGACAGCUUUGGCUCACGGUGGGACAAUGAUGGAGGAUCCUCAUUCUCUUCCUGGGCUCUGGAGAAGGAGGAGCCUAAAGAGAGUGAGGUCACCAUCUCAAGCAUCCAGCCAAUCGGAGAAAGGUUGCCCAGCCGACGGAAGCCUGAGGUGUCUGUGCCCGUCACAGAGUCCAGCGAAGCACAACAGAAGUUUGCCAAUGCUAAAGCAAUCUCAUCGGACAUGUUCUUCGGCCGUGAGAGCAACCCAGAGUAUGAAGCAAAGACUCGUCUAGAAAGCAUGUCUGGAAGCACCUCCAUCAGCUCUGCUGACCUGUUUGGUGAUGGCAGUGUCCGUUCCUCUGGCUCAUCAGGAUUUGACAACGUGCUUCCCUCCGGUCCUGACAUCGCCCAGUUCAAGCAAGGUGUGAAGACUGUUGCAGGGAAGAUGGCAGUGCUGGCUAACGGAGUUAUGAACACCAUUCAGGAUCGCUAUGGAUCUUACUGAAAGGACUGCAUUUGAAUGAAACGGAAGUUGCAUUACAGAACGCACCUCACUGCUGAUUGGCUCUGGUCUGUCUUUCCCACAUGAACACACAUCUGAGAAAGACCAAGACCCGGGAGCUCCCAAUCUCUCCCCAGACCACUGUAGACACUCUUGCUGACAGUAUUUUCAUUUCUUUUUGAGGACUCAGUGCUUUCUGUUCGAACUAACAGUCCUCUUUUCUCUGCAAUGUUCUGGUCUUUGAUUUCAAAUAGGUAUGGAUUUGAAAAGUAUUCUGUCUGGAAUUAAAUGUAUAACUAAACUUAGAGCGCUAAUAUGUUCUCAUGGCUUUCUUUUUGUAUUUUAACGGUAUCUGAAGACCUCGGUUCAUUCGGUGAACAAGGAAAGGAGCCCAUAUGGUAUAUUUAUACAUUGGAAUAUUUGGAGCCCAUUUCCUAAAUGCAAUCUAUUAGAUUUUGAUGCAUUAUCAUGAUUUUACAUUGACAAAGUUUGAGUGAUUAAGUGAUAAAAUAACAGUAAUAUUGUGCAAUAUGUCCUGGCAUGUCAAGGACGAGUUCUUGAGGCUUUUUGUGAAUGCGGAUGUGUAAGUGAUCCAUGGAGUUUGAGUUGUCAGGACCGAUGAUUUUAAACUGAACCCUGUUUGUUUUUGCAUGCCAGCAUAAGCCGAAGACACUGGUGCUGUAUCCGAUUUCCAGCAUUCCCUCGUAUUUACAAAGAAAAUGCUCAAGAAGCCAAGCAGGCUGAGGAGGUUUACAGCGAUGUGAUUUAAUCAACGGCAAUUUAACAAGACGCCCUCAGUUUAGAUGAUAAAAUGCCAUAUGAUUUUUUUGUUUUUUAUUUAAAGUUCACCCGCUAUCGUCUGUUUUCUGGUAAUCUGCAUGUGCAAUACUGUUUCCUAGUACAUGCAUUACAGCCUUUCUUUCCUUUUCUUUCGGGUUAAUGCCAGACGGGGAGCUAGCGAAUGGCAUUUGUCUGCCUGUCCGUUUGUAUCCCAAUGCUAAAGUUGAAAAUAAAGAACAACAAUCCAACUAC